UCGCGUCUCUCGAUCGAUGUUGACGUGGGUCGUGUUUACGUCCCGCGUUGUUUUUGUCUCCCGCGCAAAUACGCAAGAACGGUUCUCUCGAGCGAGGUUAAGAAGAUACAAUAGCAUUUUCACGCCCUUGAUCACCGAAUCGCGUUACCUUUGCGCUCCGAAUGUGCGUGAGUGCGCAAUUAUGGCAGCGAUAGAGGUCACAUUUCCGUCGGACGGAUCGCCCGGGAAAAUCCUGAAAUGGAGGGUACGCUCUGACACGAUGGUCGCGGCGGGCAGAAUAUUAUUGGUGUACCAGAACGCGACACUGCCCGCUGCCGAUGCUGUCGACGACGAGAAGGCCAAGGAGCCCGAGCGGAAGCUGCGGGCUGCGAAUUUCGGUCGCGUCAAGCAGCUUCUGGUCAAGGAGGGUGACAUCGUUCAGCCUGGUCGAUUAGUGUUCCAGGCAAGUGAUAGCUCUAUUGGAAGGAUGUACACAUCCCACUGUGAUGAUAGACUUAUGCGCAGAGUGUGGGGCUGAUCUGAGGGUACAAGAGACCAACAAAGAUGGAAAUGUAGCAGGAGUAUCUCAAGCCAGUGUACCUAUGGUACACAGCAUACCAGAGCUGAAAGUGUGUCCAGAAUUAGCGGAAAAAAUUGGGAAGGAGGAUGAGCAACGUCUUUUAAGGGAUCGGAAAUUAGUGCUACUUGUGGAUCUCGAUCAAACAAUUGUUCAUACUACAAACGAUAAUAUUCCACCUAAUUUAAAAGACGUUUUCCAUUUUCAAUUAUAUGGGCCAAACUCCCCGUGGUAUCACACCCGAUUAAGGCCGAACACUCGGCGUUUUCUCUCGAAAAUGAGCAGUUUAUAUGAAUUACACAUUUGCACUUUUGGAGCAAGAAUUUACGCGCACACUGUUGCAUCAUUGCUUGAUAAGGAUAAAGUCCUGUUCUCUCACAGGAUACUUUCUAGAGAUGAAUGUUUUGAUCCAGCGUCCAAAACUGCAAAUCUCAAAGCUUUAUUUCCAUGCGGCGAUGACUUAGUAUGUAUCAUAGAUGAUAGGGAAGACGUGUGGCAGGGAUGUGGAAAUUUGGUUCAAGUAAAACCUUAUCAUUUUUUCCGCCACACCGGCGAUAUUAAUGCACUACCAGGCUUGGAAAAGGUUGAUGUAUCACGUUUGUCGGAACCGGUAAAUGCAAAUGAAUCCUGUACAAAUGAGUCGCAAGAUAAGGAUAGCAAGAAUGAUACAUCUAAAUCUUCAAAUGAAAUUGGACAGCCAUUAGAUAGUCUCUCUGUGAAAGAAACGAAUCAUGAAGAUGAGAAAGAUGAGAAGACUGACGAAGAAACGAAGAAUGAGAAAGAGGAAGAUACCAAAGUGAAUACUGAAAAGGAUGCAGAAUCUAAUAUUCAAUCUAAUACUGCAAGAGAGAGCGAUAAAACGGAUAAAGAAGUAACGGAAGUUGGACCAUCUGUGGAAACUGAUAAAGAUAACAAGCAAGCAAUGCCAAAGCAGGACAGUGACAUAAUAGAUGAAGAUGACGAUGAUUAUCUAUUAUACUUAGAAGAUAUUCUUGAGAGAAUUCAUAGAGAAUUUUACAAGACACUGGACCAAGAAAAUACUCGAAAGUCUUUACGGGAUAUAAUCCCGCGAGUGCGCUCUCAAGUUCUGAAAGGAGUAUGCUUGACUUUCAGUGGCUUGAUACCAACUCAUCAAAAGCUUCACCAAAGCCGCGCGUAUAAAGUCGCAAGAGCAUUCGGAGCGGAAGUGACUCAAGAAUUAACGGAGAAGACCACGCAUCUGGUUGCUAUUAGAAAAGGUACGGCAAAGGCAAAUGCAGCUAAAAAACAUGGAAAAAUAAAAAUUGUAAAUUCGGAUUGGUUGUGGACAUGUGCAGAACGUUGGGAACGUGUGGAGGAAGACCUGUUUCAGCUUACAUCACAGGCACGCGGAUCGAGAGUACCACCACCGCACUGUAGUAGUCCGGAACGUAUCGAGGAUGUAGAAAGCGAUAAUACAAACUCCUUUGCCAACUCUAUCAAUCCAUUAAUGUCAUUUACUCAAGAGGAGAUCGAAUUUAUGGACAAGGAAGUAGACGAGGACAUGGAAGAUAUGGUUUUAGAAGACGAAGAAGAUGCGGAUGACGCGGAAGAAUGUGGUACGAGGACACGACGCCUAAGUUCCGAUUCUGAAGAUUCUAUGAAUGAUGCAGAUGAAUUGGGCGUUUCAAGAAAAAAGAAGAGAAAGAUUUAUAAUGGCAAAUCAGAUAAAGGUUCUUCCAAGGAUAAAGAUGACAAUCGUGAUAGUGAUGACGAUGACAAUAAUGACAGUGAUGAUGACGACCUUGGUGCACGUUUUAGAAGAGGAGGAGAAUUACCUGAUGAUUUGGAUUUAGGUGAUAACUCACAAGAUUCUGUGGACGAUCUUGAAGAUGAUAACGAAGAUGACAGAGAAUGGAAUGCAUUGGGUGCUGCACUUGAACGAGAGUUUCUUUCUGAGUGACAUGUAUUUGACUAUUAGUAUGCGAUUAAUUUUAACUCAAGAUGUUUUGUGUUAUUCAUAAAUUUCAAGUUCGAUAGUUGAAGCAGGGUUAUUGAUAAUAAUAGACGUUACAUCAUUUGUGUAUUAUGAAUAAAAUCAGAGCAAAACCUUAGAAAAAUAUUAAAAAUUUGAAACGAGUAGAUUGAAAUAAAUCUAUAAAACAAGAAUAUAAACAAUAGAUAAAAAGAUUCUAUAUACUGAACAAUAAUUCUGUAUUAAAUUUUCAAAUUUUGCACAUAUAUUUAAGUGUAUGAUUUGUUAGCCUUGCGUGAAAAAUAAAUAUAAGUAAUAAUAUAAUUUGAAUGAAGAAUAAUAUAAUUUUAUUCUUCAAAAGUAAUUUGUGGAUAAUAUCACAGCAUGUGAAUAACACAUGUGCCAUUGAACAUAUUUGUGAGAUAUUUUCUCAUACAAGAGAAAUAUAUCUGAAAUUGACUUUAUCUUAAUGUGUAUAUAUAUAUAACAUAUAUAUAUAUAUAAAUACAAAUAUAAUUUUAGAGAAUGAGAAAAAUUUAUUUUCUAAUAUUUUUAGAGCUAUUGCAUGAAUGUUGAUGAUCACAAGUAAGCUUUUGUAUUGAAAUCCCAGAAUGUAUCAGAGAAUUUGAAAAUAAAAACAUGUAGUACAUA